UGGAAACCCGAGUGAUGCGAGAGAGCAAAAGGAUGCAUGAUUGUGAUGUAUGCUAGGAGAUGUCAGCUCGAUCCAAGCUGGGGUUCAUGUCCACGAAAGAUCUGUGAUGGCCAUGCAUUCAAUCGCCGAAUAGAGAUGUUCGGAGUUGUCUCACAGAGCUUGAGUAGGUUCAGGGAGGGACUUCGUCGUGGUUCAGGAAUCCCGAUGUGCUGUUGAACGGUUUCCCAGACAGGCCAGCAACCAAGAUUAUCGAGGACCUGACUUUCUGGAUGCUUGACUUCGUACCAUUGAAGUGAAUCCCUAUGGCUUAACUGAGUCGAGGGACGUCAAACACGUCCUCGAGAACAAAUGGAGGUGCCCUUGAGUUGAUAUGAGUCGAGAGGAACUUUGGGAUUAUGGGUGCACGUUCUGUUGUGAGAGCGAGGCAUAUCAAAUUGCCCUGCCUGAGGGCUUGAGCAGGAGAUUUCUAAAGCCGAACAACUUAAAGACAGCCAUCGGAGCUGCGCAUGUCGUCCUGAGAGACGGCUUUUUCGAACUCGUCCUAACCGGACAUAUAAUUGGUGCAGACGAGGCAGAACGCUGGGGCAUCCUAUGGGUUGUACCCGAGGGCAGUGUCGUUGAUGAGGUCGUAAAGGUGGCGAAAGCAAGGGACAUCGCAGUGAAUGCAGGCGAGGAUGCCGUGAAUGCGGCAUUUGAAAUGAGCCUCGCUGAGAGACUGAGAUUUGAGAAGCGGUUAUUUGUUUCCACCCAGGAGCGGGCGUGUUGUCCUUUGUUGACCCACUUCAUCUAG